AUGAAGGAGUUGCCAGAAGGGCAAGGGUGGAUAACAAGUGGCAGGGAAGACGAGGAUUUCACAAAGAAAGAGGAAAUGAAAAUGUUGCUAAUGCUAACACCUAUCAAUGAAGUACUUCAAGCAAAUAAUGAAGAAAAUGCUCCAAAAAAGAUUGAGAAUCAGAUGUCCACGAUAUAUAUUUUAAGGCCAGGGUCUUUGGUAGUCUACAAUCCUCCUCCUCCGCCACCGCCUCCACCAUUCAGAUCUGGUCGUAUUGACAAGGUACAUGGUCCUGGAGCUGACUUAGACACCUUGUGUGUUGGGCCUUAUAAUGUGAGACUAGAGGAAUGUUUUUCCUCCUUGCAUAAAAUUUUGGCUAAAAUGGAUGAAGUUACAAAUCUGCAAACUAUUAUGGAUUCUUAUGUCCCUGUAAUGAAAUUCAAGUUGCAAGGAAUAUUGAUUGAUCUCGUUUAUGCUCCUAUAUAUCUUCGGGUUUUUCCAAAUGUAAGUGUCAGGACAACCUUUUAA